AUGACUAGAGUGAGAUGGAUGUUCAAUAGAUUCAAAGGACUCUGCACAUUUCUUGUGUGCGAAAAAAUCACAGCUUUUGCAGUAGUAGCCAUCACUGACAAAUUCGAAGCGUUCACAACAAUCACCUCUCCGCAAAUCAUUCCAAGUCACCAUACGGGAACCAAGAAAAAACUCGUGGCGCGGCUUGCGCCGAAUAUAGAAAUAGCUUCUAUGGAUUUCACAGUGCGUAAUAUUACAAAAACUCGUCUCAGUGCAAAUUGGGAUUUAUUGAUAAGGGUCCCUAGUAACCUUACUGACGACUAUAUAUGUCCUCAAGGAAAAAUUCAAACUUCAUUGUUUUACAAGAAUAUUGCUCUUGUUACCUCGUCCGCACAAAGGUACAAUCUCGAAUAUGGCGCAGCUCAACAAAUUAGGGUAUCAGUAGAAGAGGAUAUCGGGGGUUUAGUUGGCAUAAACGUUAUCAAAGAUAUCAAAGACAAGAAGGAAGUGAAGUUUGGAUCGCACUUGUUUAUUACGGAUUAUAGAUUAAGGACGACAGGAGUUAUGAGUUAUGCGUGCGAUGAAACCAUGUUGAGGUUCGAGUUGGGUUCUGAGACCACGGCCACUAAGUUUGGGAACAACCCUACCUGCUUUAAUUUUUGA